AUGGCUCAGGCUGUAGAGGAAUGGUACAAACAGAUGCCGAUAAUCACUCGGUCGUAUCUCACGGCGGCUGUUAUUACCACUGUUGGAUGUUCCCUCGAUAUUAUAUCUCCAUAUAACCUAUACUUGAAUCCCACCCUUGUGGUGAAGCAAUACCAAUACUGGCGUCUCGUUACAAAUUUCUUGUAUUUCCGUAAGAUGGAUCUGGACUUCAUGUUCCACAUGUUCUUUCUCGCACGAUACUGCAAACUCCUUGAAGAAAACUCAUUCAGGGGAAAAACUGCUGAUUUCCUGUACAUGCUCCUAUUCGGAGCAUCUGCUCUCACCGGUAUUGUUCUCAUCGGCGGAAUGAUACCUUACUUCUCCGCAUCUUUUGCUAAGAUCAUCUUCCUCAGCAACUCGCUGACUUUCAUGAUGGUCUAUGUAUGGAGCAAACAAAAUCCUUAUAUUCACAUGAGUUUCCUUGGUCUCUUCACCUUCACUGCAGCUUACCUACCAUGGGUCCUUCUCGGAUUCUCUGUCCUUGUUGGUGCCAGUGCUUGGGUGGAUCUUCUGGGUAUGAUAGCAGGUCACGCUUACUACUUUCUAGCUGAGGUUUAUCCGCGAAUGACUAAUCGUCGUCCUUUAAAGACUCCAUCGUUCCUCAAAGCCCUGUUUGCAGAUGAACCGGUCGUUGUGGCACGGCCAGAAAACGUUAGGUUUGCAGCUGCACCUUUCGAUGAAAUCCACCAUGACGGACUCUGA